GCAGAAGCAGAAGAAGAAGAAGAAGAAGUUCAGCGCACAGAAGCUUCUACAGUAGACAGCCUACGCUGUGAAUCGAUAAAUAAGAAGACAUGCUUUCCGUCCUCACAUUGCUAUUUAUCUUAUUCAGUCUAAAUGAGGCCAAACAGAAAGAUUUGUACACUUUCAAAGUUGUUAAUAGCAGAGGGAGAUUAGUCUCUUUGGAAAAAUACAGGGGUUCGGUGUCCCUGGUGGUGAAUGUGGCCAGUGACUGUGGCUUCACCCAGGAUCACUACACGGACCUGCAGCAGCUGCAGAGGGACUUUGGGCCGUCCCACUUCAACGUCCUGGCCUUCCCCUGCAACCAGUUUGGCCAGCAGGAGCCUGGCAGCGACAAGGACAUUGACGCCUUUGUCCGGCGUGUCUACGGAGUCUCCUUCCCCCUCUUCAGCAAGAUUGCUGUGGUGGGCACCGGGGCCAACAAUGCCUACAAGUACCUUGUGGAGAAGUCAGGAAAAGAGCCUGACUGGAACUUCUGGAAGUACCUCAUCGAUACAGAUGGGAAUGUCGUGGAUGCCUGGGGGCCCAGUGUCUCUGUCAAAGAACUCCGACCUAAAAUAGCUGAAAUGGUACGAAAUAUCAUCCUCAAGAAGAAAGAGGAACUUUAACUCAACACCUCAAGACCCAUCUGACAAUCUAUUCAGGAGUAUCCUAUGUGAUUGAAUUCCCCUGUCUGCUACAAAAACACCCAGAGCGUUAAAAAAAUACACUCCAAGCACCACCACACACUUCAAGCACCACCACACACUCCAUAGUGUACAUUUUGUAUUGUACAGAUGUAGGAUCUUAAUUUGAGCCAGUUUGCUACAGCAGGAAAAUAAUCCUGCAGCA